CUCGCUCUGAAGCAAUCAUGUGACAGCAAUCAAGCCAGGUCCAGCACAGGUGGAGAAGUGAGAAAACAUCUGGCAGAUCCUUCCAGAAACCUCAGGUCCACUGAAGUCAAAGGGACAAAGUGCUACAAAAGAAGACAGCCAGUCAAUCAGUUUUGAGGUAGGCCUGAUAAACCCUAGGUGGCGGUGAACUGGGGCCCACUGUGAUUCAGAACUGUGUGGGCCUCAGUGAGCCUGCCUGAAAAAUGGGAACGCGCCCCCCACUUCCUCCUUGGACUAUAGUUAAGUGGAAGGCACUUAGCAGUGACCAAUCCAUAAGCCUCCCUGGGAAGAGAGCGGUUAUUUCCGGCUUCUGGGAGGUGGGGAAAGCAACCAAGGAAGGGGAAGGAGAUAAACAAGCCCAGAAGUCCCAUGGGGCAGAGGAAAGGGGUGGUCUCUGAGCGUGGCCUCCACCGUUUUCUCAUCUGGGGGUGGGGUCAGAGUCGACCGAGCCCCCCCACCACACACAGCGCGCAGGUGCGGGGUACAGGAUGAGCACUAAAGAGCUGAUCUUGAAUCCCAGCCUGGAGUUUUGGGUGUACCCCACACGUUCAGAUUUUUCUCACACUCUCGGGUGGGGAGGGGACGACAAAAGGGGAUGAGGGUCUAGACAUGGAGUUGGGUACCCACUGCAAGCGCACAAGCUGGGGACAUCAGAAGGCCCUGUCACCAGCACUUCCCCUGGAGAGCUGACCCGGGCAGCCUCUGACCCCACCUCCAGGGACGCUCAGCUGCUCAGAACCACAAAGCAAAACAAAGGGGCGCGGAGAGGAAGGAGCCACCGAGCCUUCCAAUCACCGCUGGCGCCCGAGCCCGCGCCCUCCCGGGGCUCGUCGCCGGGUCCUCAGGCUGGCGGUCGACCAAGGCCUGGCUGGGCAGCUUCCUGGUCCCUUGUCUCCCCGCGGCUUCCCGUGACAGGAGCCGGGGAAGCAGCCGAAGGGCAGCUAAGGCGAUGAGAAAACCAGAUGGUCCCCAGCCUCCUCCCUCCUCCCUCCAUCCCUCCAUCUCUCCAUCCCUCCAUCCAUCCUCCCUCCUUCCCUUCCUCCCUCCCUCCGGUGCCCGCGGCCUGGCUGCCCUCCGCAGGGACCCGGGAAGGCCUCCGGGCCCGGCUCGGCCAGGCUCACCCGGGGGAAAGGGCUGCCUUUGUCUAAAGGUCACCACCCGGAGCGCGGUGCCCGGGCUGGGCCUGGUGGCUCCGAUUCCCAGGCCCACGGAGUUGCAGAUCAAGGGCAGCCCCAAAUCCCCGGAGGUGACAGGAGUUGGGGCUCCUCUUUUUGCUCCCUUUGAUCCCCAAGAAACAGCCCGCCUGCGGGACCAGCCAGCUGAGGGGGCGCGGGUCCCCUCCUUUCAUUGUUUACAGGCGAAGGAGAUCGGGAGACCCAGUGGCCUUCAUCCCCAGCCAUUCCUGCCCCGGAAGCUUGCAGAGCUCUCCCCCCCGAUUCUCCCCGUCACCCCAAGAAAGACUUGGGAGGGGGGCGCAGGGGACAUGCGACAGGAGAGGGGGGUGAAGGCCUCAGCUGUCCCCCACCCCGCCAUAGCCCUCGUCUCUACCCAAAAAAAAGGCGGGGAGCAGGGCGAAGGGAGGGGGUCCCCCAAACAGAUAGGAGGGGGGUCUCCCACCCCUCCCCCCCGUGGAACGUUCGCUCUCGCCCCUCUCCUCCGCUCCAUUGUAUCCCCGGGAGGGUCGGGGAGGGAACCGAGGAGCAAGGUCGGGGAUCCAAGCGCAAUGAGGGGGUGUCCCCUUGCAAGAUCGGGGGGGGUGGCGGGAGAGACCCGGGAUGGGGGGGUGCCCAUGGUGGUGGGCGCUGAUCACCAGAAGAAAAAAAAAAAUUUAAAAAAAAUCCAGCUUCAGCAGCGGCAGUAGACGCUGCGCCCGGGUUGGGGGGCUGAGUGUGUGGAGUGUCGGGGGGGAGUGGGUUCGGCCCCGGCUCCGGCUCUCCCCCCCAACACACACACCCUCGCCGCCGAGCCCCACUCCCCCCCUCGCUUUUGCGCCCUGUCACAGCCCCGACUCGCAGGUAGAGAGAGUUAAGAGAUUUAAAGAGAAAUUGCUACAUUGUGAGAA